UAUCUAUUUAUCUAUCUAUCAACCAGAAGAAGAAGAAGAAGAAGAAGCAAGAGAGAGAGAGGAGAGAAUAUGGCGACCACAGGCGCUUUGUGUGGCACUAUGUUGAACACCUCCUUCCUGAAGAGGCAGGCAUCAGUGAACAUGACAAGCUUCAAGGCUAACGCUGCUGUCUUUGGUGUAAAAGGAGGACGAGGAGGUCGUGUGAGGGCCAUGGCAACUUACAAGGUGAAGCUGAUAACUCCAGAGGGAGAGCAAGAAUUUGAAUGCCCAGAUGAUAUAUACAUUCUUGAUCAGGCAGAGGAAAAUGGCAUUGAUCUUCCCUACUCAUGCAGGGCUGGUUCUUGCUCUGCAUGUGCUGCCAAAGUUGUGAGUGGCAAACUGGACCAGUCAGAUGGUAGCUUCCUUGAUGACGACCAAAUUGAUGCAGGAUUUGUUCUCACCUGCGUUGCUUACCCCACCUCAGAUAUUGUCAUUGAGACUCACAGGGAGGAAGAGCUCACUGCUUAAAUAAGAACUUUCAUCUUUACUUUAAAUGACAACAUAUGUUUGUUGCAUUUUUGCUUUGUAAAAUCUAUUGAACUAAAUAAUUUUUGUCAGUGAGUCUAAAGCUUGAGCUUUAGUAGUCUUAUCCUUGGACUGUCUCUGACACUUUCUUCCUUUCCCCCCCCCCCCCCCCCCACCCCAUCAUGUCUGUUGCGUUUAAUUUUGUGUACGUUGUGCUAUUUUCUCAGGAUAUAUAAUAUAUAUGCUUGUUUAUCAUGAGCAA